UGAUUACUGAAAAGUGUGAUACAUUUCAUAAAAAAAGAAUAUGAAUAAAUAGAAAACAAGUAAUUCGGAAGUAUUAUGUUUAUAAAAUGCUGUUCGUUUGUUGUUUUUUUGUUGUUGUUGUUUUUGGUGCUUUUUUUGUCUAUUUUGAAAUGUUUAUUUAUCAUAUGAUGAUAGGUUCCUGUAGACUUCCUGAAAUUGAAAAUAUGGCAAAGUUAAACACUCCAAAAACCUAUUAUGAUAUUGGCGAAACAGUUAGCGAUUUCACGUGUAGUCCUGGACAUUUUUUAUCAUCCGAUAAGGGAAUGACAUGCCAGAAUAAUGGAACAUGGUCCGAUGUUAUAACGUGUGUAAAAGGUAUAACAUAUUUUAUCAGUGCGAAAACAGGAACACGUCCGGGUGCUGGUACAGAUGCUAAUGUAUACAUCACUUUGUUCGGAUCUGGAGGAAGUACAAAAAGAAUAGACUUUGAGGGAAAAUUUGAAUCUGGUGAUGUCGACGAAAUAAGAACAUAUACCAAAGAUAUACGUCCCAUACAUAAGGUACAGAUCAGACAUGAUGGAGGAAGGUGGCUUGAUGUGACAUCUAGUUGGGACCUGGAAUAUAUAUCAAUAUAUGUUGAAAAUAUGGAAGAAUUUUAUGUUUUUAGAAAUAAUCGGAAACAAUGGGUGGAGAAAGACAAUGAUCUGACUUUGUCAAGCGAAGGAAAGAAAACCUGCAUCAGUUCGUUUGAUACUGGACAUGUGUGGUAUCUUCACUGGCAAAAAGGUCAUUAUAUACUAUUUGGGCGUGGUGGAAAAAUGUCGCUACGGACUUGUAAACAGUCAUGUGUUAACUGGAAGGACAAAGCAUCACAAAAACAAUGUAUAUCAGUGUAUUAUGACCAUUUUCAUAGAUCAUGCUCCGGUUUCACCUUUGACGACCGCUUCUAUCCUGUAAGCAAUAAAAACUGGCAUGGAAAAGUAUAUUUAAGAACAUGUAUAAAUAAUGACGCAUUCUAAAGGAAACAAAUAGAUAUAUUUUGACCUGAGACUCUUUAAAUAAUUUAAAGAGCUAAGCGUGAAAGUACAAAUUACAAUAUUAUUAUUAUGUUGGUUUCAUUUUGAUUUUUAUUGUGCCCAAUAACAGUUCAUUAUCUUCGUUUUUUAAUACUUAUAUUUGUUGUAUGCCACAUAUAUAAAUCGUAUCCUUACUAAUUUUAAACACUUGAAUAUAUAAUUUGAUAUCAAUCAGGUUUGUAUUGUUUUCCUAAAGCAGUAUAAUUAUCUCUUUUAUCAAACUUUAAAACAGUAUAUUCUUUUUAUCAUACUUAAAAACAGUAUAUUUCUUUUAUCAUACUUUAUAACGGAUAUUUCUUAUAUCAUACUUUAAAACAGUAUAUUCUACUUUAAAACAGUAUAUUUCUUUAAUCCUACUUUAAAACAGUAUAUUUCUUUAAUCCUACUUUAAAACAGUAUAUUUCUUUAAUAUUCCUUUAAAACAGUAUAUUUCUUUAAUCCUACUUUAAAACAGUAUAUUUCUUUAAUCAUACUUUUAAAUAGUAUAUUUCUUUAAUCGUACUUUAAAACAGUAUAUUUCUUUCAUCAUACUUUUCUACAGCUUUUUAAUAUGACCGUUGUUGUCAAUAAACAAUGUACUAGGUCGUAUGAACAUCAAUGUUAGCCAUUCUUUAUUGAGCUUAUAUGAGCUCUUUAUAAAGUAGCAAGUGCAAUGUAGGCAUUAACAAUAUAGCGUCAGACAUAUCAACGUCAUAAUACCAGGCAUAUAUUAACAUAUAUAAUUAUGUUUUGAAGAUAAUGCAUUAAGUUUGUAAAAUAAGCACAUCUCGGGCAGUAUAUAUUAUUGACAAGUUUAUUUUUUUUGGGAAUAAUAUGUCUUAUUUUACAUCAACAUUGACAAUAUAGGUCAGUUUAUGUCUAAAAGGACACCUAUAAGCAACAUUUACACAUACUUUACCGUACUGUUCACAGGCUGAUAUAUAAGAAUAGCUCUUUGUUUCCGAAAAAAUAUCUGAUAGUCACAAAAAUGGUAUCAAAAGAAAUAAAAGAAAGUUAACAAAUUGGGAUUUGAACCCACGGCAUUCAGUUUAAAUGCAGUUUACAGUAAUUUGGGCAGAUCUAAAUUCUCUUUAAAGCAUAGGGAAUGUAUAAGAAGGGUAGUAUACUAGUACCUUUAAUACGAUUCAACAGCCGAAUGCUUAAAGAUCCUCUAUAUUGUAAUUGAGGUUGUAUACCACACUUUAGUGAAAUUAUAUAUAUGUAUGUAAUUAUGCUUUAGUUAUAAAACAAUUUUCAUACAUCGAAGAAUAUGUAAAAUGUGUACUGCAAAUAUGUGUACAUAUUAUAUGUAAUCAUUAAAGUAUAUGCAUUCAUUUUUUAUUGAAAAAUUUGACUUAGACUUUAUAAAAAUAUGUAAGGAUUUCGUGUUAUUAAUAUAGACGUUCAUCAAUUGGGGUCACGCAAGCCAAAUAUCUACCCCUUGGGUCUUUUCUUGAAAGUUUUACAGACGUUCAAUCUGGUCCGUUCGAAUAAAAAAUGCUGCCGUUGUAGGCAGAUAUUUAUUCUAAAUGCUGCCGUCGAUGGCAGAAAUACCAUGAAAGUGGCUAACAUUCUGACAGAAAAUCAAGGUCAAUCUUUUAUCAAUUCCUCUAUUCUUUGCGUCAUUUUAGUCGGAAUUGAGACGUUAAAACAUCAUGUCUAAUAUUUUUCAAGAUAGAAAAGUUAUUAGUGCAUCGAAAAAGCUUUUUAGCGACACGCAGUUACAAUAAAAAAUGUGAUGACUCAAGAUUGCACUAUAAAUAGAGCAAUUAACAUGAAGAAGUUCAUUUUUCUAUAUUCAUGCAUAUGUGCUUGAUCUGCUAUAAACUUCAGAUACAUAUGAUAUUGUAUCCAUGUAACUGACAGACACAACAGAUCAAGCACACAUGCAUGAAUGGCCGUAUUUGUGUAAUAUAAUAAUACCAACCUAAUUUUUAACCUACCUGUACCGAGCGGUAAAUUUCAGCUAUCUGCCAUCACUGCAGUGAUCUGCCAUCACGAAUAAGUACGACAUCAAUCUGGACAUCUCUAGUUUUGUUCAAAGAAGUUGUUUUAUAAAAACACAUUCAGAAUAUUUUAAUAAGAUGUAGAGCCGUUAUUACAGAUUAUUCAAUCUUAUUUUAUUUAUAAUUCAUUAUUUUAUUGGUCUUUUAAAUAUCAGAUUUUUUUGUAUUGGCCUCUUUGAUAUGGUCGCUAUGACCGGACGGCAUUUGAAGGAAGCAGAGAUGUGGAUGGAUGUAGGGAUUGGAUGUAAGGAGAGGGGGCACACACUUUGAACUCGGUACACUACAUCAUUUAAUUAAUUACAUUAUCUCGAGAGCCUGGAUAAUGUUCUUGAAGUAUACCCGUCAGGAGGCAGAGGCAGACAAAAUUGGUGACAACAUCUCAAUAUCGAUUUUUGAUCAUCAAGGCCGGUCAGGGUUGGUUUGCAACAGCAAAGCAUUUCCGCUAUGACCUUAAUAAUGCUUCUGUGUCAAUGCUUGUACUCAGUUGGUGCACAGAAUAUUGCACGAAGGAAAUAUGCGAUUAUUUAGUCCCUGUAUCAAAAUCUUUUAACUCGCCGUUACCUCAAGACCCGUUUGCAAUAGGCGAAAAAGACUUGACACAUGUUCUCUUUAAGUACUGAUGAGUUUAGGUUUUGAAGACUUUACUGACAGACUAUCGAGAGUCUGGAGUAGACCUCGGGAAAAGAUUCACGCCUGAAAUAUUGCCGAGCAUAACCGCUACGCCGAAGCAACCUGACAGCAUCUAGAGUAUUUAAGGAUGAUGGACAGUACAGUUUGUUCCCACAGACACUUUUGAGUGUGGAGCUUAAAAAACCUUUAAAAUCCUAAUAAAAUGUAUGAUUGAUUUUCGUUAGACCUGGUGGUAAAGGAUAACCUACGAAAGUGCAAGCACUUAUUUCCGGUAUGGUCCUUACCUCAACAGACUCUAGAGACAGCUAUGAGAUACAAGGGAGUCCGGGAACCAGUCACUAGCUCUUAUUGAAUAGAUCCCUUGUUUUUUUACAUGCCCAGUGUAAAGCACUGAUACAUGCGAUGAUUACCUGGGUUUCAUACCAGUAAACCUCUAGUUAGGUGGGAAACACUGAAAGUGUCUCUGAAAAAUCCCAAGGGUUUUACCCAGGAUCGAACCCGUAACCUCAGGAGUGACAGUCAGUGGUCUAACCAGCUGAGCUAUUGAUAAUUCUUCACGGUGAUGGUCAAUUUUAAACUUCAACGUCAACAUAAACAAUACAACAGGCGAAAUAAACAUCGAGAUUAUCGCCGUUUUACUCCAUUUACAAAAUCUUUCGACAAAAUCAAAUGUGGCUCCCAGUUUUGCCGUAUGCAAAUGCGCGGCGCUUUGAAGAUGAGAACCAGUCGGCUAUAUGCGGAGCCAUUCGGUUAUAUGUUGGUUCCCAUAAUUCAAAGCGGGCGCAUUUGUAUACGGCAAUUAUAUAUUCUGUGUCGAUGGACCAAAGAUUAUGUGAAAAUAUUGGAUAUGGAAUGAAAUACAUGGUAAUUAUGACGGUAUUUCCGGCGAACAUUUUUAUAUUGUGUAUUAUUAUAGACGUUGAAAUAUGAAAUCCUUUUAAAACGGUUUAUAUUAAGUUUUUUGAUAUGUAUGAUCAGUACAUGAGCUGGGAUUGAAAAGUAUACAAUUUAUUUGGAUUUUAAAGGCGUUUUAAGCUCCACACCCCAAGUGUCUGUGUUUGUUCCCUAUAUGCCGGGGCUAUAUGGUAACAUGCUUCAACUACUGUGUAACAGACAAUACAAACAUUAUUUAUGAGCCAAAAAUGCCUCUUUUCAUUCAAUACCUCCUAAAAUCAUUCACUCGACAAACUCGUAAAAUAUGUGCACCAGCUUGAGGUAUCAAUCAAU